UUAUUCAAAAACUAUGUAGAUUUUAACUCAUCAAUUAGUAAUACAUUUUAAAACUUUUAUUUCAUUAACCGACGAAUAAUUAUUUUGUCUAUACAACUUUUUCCAUGGUUAACUAAUUUUACUAUACAGUAUAAAGUAGGAGAUACAUGUCAAGAGAUCUUUAUUGUAAUUAACAACUUCAAAAAACUAGACAUCAGUCGUGUUUUGUUUGUCUUGAAAUUUAACUAAGAUUUACUAUAGUAUAAUUUCCAUCCAUGACAUUAAAAAUGAAUGAAUAACACUUUCAAUUAGCAAGAUAGAAAUUUUCAAUUACUUUCAGGUAAUAAUACAAAAACAACAAAAGUAUUAUAAUUAUGGCGUUUGGCGUAGUGGAUUUCAUAGUUUUUAGUUUAAUAAUCAUUAUAUCUUCUGCCAUUGGCAUUUACUAUCGAUUUACAGGCGGCAAACAAAAAACUACUCAAGAAUACAUGAUGGGUAACCAAAACCAAAGUAUUAUACCAGUUGCAUUUUCUUUAUUGACCAUGUAUACAUCUUCAACAUCUCUGUUUGGCGGAAGUUCAGAAAUUUAUACACAUGGCACACAGUUUGUUAUACUAUAUGUAGGGUAUAUUAUUGGAACACCAGUAAUUGCUUAUGUUUUCCUACCUGUAUUUUUGAAAGUUGGAAAACUCUCCGUUAACGAAUAUUUAGAGAAAAGGUUUGGAAGUCUUACGAGGACUAUUAUAUCUCUAUCAUUCAGUAUCCAAACUAUUAUUUACAUGGGAAUGAUGCUAUACGCUCCAGCACUGGCUUUAGAAACUAUAGUUGGUCUUUCUCUUGAGUUUUCCAUAGUUUUGGUUGGUUUAGUAUGUAUAUUUUACUCAACAAUUGGAGGUAUCAAAGCAAUUAUUGUAACAAGCAUGUUUCAAGUAAUAAUUAUUUUAGGCUCAAUAUUAGCUGUUAUUGCAGUUGCAAUAUAUGAAGCCGGUGGUUUAUCAGAAAUAUGGAAUAUUGCUGAAAAAGAUGGCCGUAUCGAAUUAACUAAUUUUAAUAUAGAUCCAAUAGAAAGACAUUCAUGGUUUAGUUUGGUUUCUGGAGGAUUUUUUUUAUUUUUAUUAAAUAAUGGAAUAAAUCAAGCUCAAGUUCAAAAAUAUCUUACCAUGAAAAACAAAACAUCAGCAAUCAAAUGCGUUUGGCUUAGUUUACCAAUUUUAUUAAUAAUAUCAUAUACAAAAUGUUUCACUGGCUUGGCUAUUUAUUCAAAAUACCAUAAUUGUGAUCCAGUCAAAUCUGGACGUAUUACAAAAGAUGAUCAAUUACUAUCAUUGUAUGUGAUGGAUACAAUGGGAAACAUUCCAGGAAUGACAGGCUUAUUUGUUGCUGGUGUACUGUCGUCAGGGUUGAGCUCUGUAUCGCCAGUUAUUAAUUCAAUGGCUGCUAUUUCAUUAGAGGAUUACAUAAAACCUUUAGUGAAAAAUGAGUUAACCGAUAAAAAAAAAGUAUUUUACUUAAAAUUGUUAGUUGUUGCUUAUGGAAUUGGGUUUAUAAUAUUGGGGUUCUUCAUCAAAUACUUUGGAUCACUUUUGCAAAUGUCUGUAGUUUUGAUAUCAGUGUUUGGUGGUCCUAUUUUGGCUGUGUUUUCGUUAGGAAUGUUUGUACCUCAUGCAAAUGAAAAGGGCACAUUAACUGGUCUUCUUAUAGGGCUGAUACUUUCUUCUAUUAUUGGUUUCGGUGGACCAAAACCACCUGUCAAAUUUUUACACAGAAAUACAUAUGGAUGUUCAUUAUUUAAUCAAACUGUUACUACAGUGUUAAAUUCAACCUUGACAAAUACAAAUGUAAGGCCAGAUGAAAAUUAUUUCUAUAUCUACCGAAUAAGUUACAUGUAUUAC